CUAAUGUUGUAUACCUAAACAUGGGGGUACGUUUUUGGACGGACCGGAUGUGUAUUUCGUUUAAGGUGCGUACCGGCUGAUACGCACGCGUAAAGCGGUAUUCUUGCACUUUAGGACCGACUGAAUACGGAUGUUCUACAGGAAUGGAUCGAUACUGUGUAUCAGAUAAGUUGGAAUAUUUGCAGGGGCUUGUGACAGAAUUUCAGGACACUGACAGUGAAGAAGCUAAAGAGCAAAUUCUGGCCAACCUGGCCAACUUUGCCUAUGAUCCUCGUAACAUGGAAGCCUUGCAGAUGCUUCAGGUCACUGAGCUCUUCUUGGACAUGCUAACAGAGGAAAACGAGAACUUUGUGGAGUUUGGAAUUGGUGGCCUGUGUAACCUCAGCAUGGACCGGGAGUGUCGUGAUCAAAUUUUGCAAAGUGGAGGAAUUCCUUUAGUCACAGGAUGUUUGUCGAGUCAAAGGGACGAGACUGUUUUGUCCGCCAUCACAACAUUAAUGAACCUGACAACAGCAGAAUCACGCUCCCAAACUACAGACAGCGCAGUGGUGCAGUGCAUGCUGCGCUUCUCACUUACACAGAAUCCACGCCUCAGCAAUCUGGCCACAGUUUUUCUGCAGGACUACUGCACUCAGGAUCAGGUAGACAAAUCCAGAGAACUGUUGCAAGGACACAGCCAGUCAGCUGUUGGAAUUCCUCUCCCCAAAGACUAGGACUGCAUGAUUUCUGUGGGAGGCUUAACAAAGAUGGACAGUAUAAAAGGUUUAAUGGACCUUAUGUAGACUUUUUUCAGCAUUACUGUGAAUGACGACUUUCUCGUGUUUCAGACACAAGUUGUUCCUUGAGUUUAGUCCUGCAGAGAUAUAACUCAGAGUUUAAUGAGUUCUCUACACUUAUACUUACUUAAGUCACAAAAGGCUUGAUUGAUGGUGAUUCAGUGUACAGAUGCUUAAAAGUACAGGCUUGAUUUUCUUUGUAUGUUACAUGUGUGCUGUGUCCUCUGGGCAUGCAGCACUAAAUCAGCUCUCUCGACCAAGUGGGCAAGUGGGCAUUACUCUCAGUGUUUCUGUAAUAGCAGCUAAUAGCAUUUAUUCAGUUAAUUUAAUAGUCUAAAUUUAGUAACGUCCCUGCUUCUGUCUUGAGCUCAGAUUACUGUGUGGUGUUUGUUCUCUCUGGGCCCAUGUGGCUUUUUUCUUAACUCUCACAAUCACAAGCUGGACUGACUAUGCUACAUUGCCCUUAGCAGUGAAUGUGUGUGUUUGUGUGUGUGUCAAGAGUCCCAAUCAGGGUGUAUUCCUGUCUCAGGUUUCACAUCCACUGUGACCCUGAACAAGAUAAAGUAGCUACUGAAAAUAAAUGAAUUUCAGUAUCUGUUUCAUAGGCUAAACCCUAAUUGUGGUUAAAUGAUCAAUCAAUAAUUAAUUCUGUAAGAACAGUAAUUUCUCAUUAAUUGUCAGACAUCUGCCAUAUUUUGUUUAUAGUUUCUGCUGACAGCUUAAUAUUCUCCCUCAUCUAGGAUGUACAUAUCUCCUUUGCUUCUAGCUGCAACCUAACUGAAGCAAAAGGAAUAGAAUUUAUCUUGUUUUUAUGUCAUCUUCCAAAGAAGCAUUUUUUGUUUUGAUGAGUAGCUUCUGUGUAUUUCCUGAUGGCAGAAUCCAUUCACAUUUCAUCUCUGUUGCUUUAACUGUAGCUGAUGCAUGGUCUGUGUGCACUGGGCUCAGCUGAGAUGUAGAGAAUUUUUACCAAAUGGUAUGGUCAUGGUAUGGUGAAUAUUAAAGUUCUGAAGUUCUUCUUUUGUGGUAUCUGGUUAGAAACAUUACUAUAUAAUGUUUACACUGAUCAGCCAUAACUUUAUGACCACUGACAGGUUAAGUGAAUAACACUGAUUAUCUCAUCAUGGAACCAUGCUGACCCAUGUGCACCACCGAAAGCACCAACAAUGGGCACGUGAGCAUCAGAACUGGACCACGGAGCAAUAGAAGAAGGUAGCCUGGUCUGAUGAAUCACGUUUUCUUCUACAUCACAUGGAUGGCCGGGUGUGUGUGUGUGUGUCACUUACCUGGGGAACACAUGGCACCAGGAUGCACUAGGGGAAGAAGGCAAGCCGGUGGAGGCAGUGUCACGCUUUGGGUAAUGUUCUGCUGGGAAACCUUGGGUCCUGCCAUCCAUGUGGAUGUUGCUUUGACACGUACCACCUACCUAAGUAAUUGCAGACCAUGUACACCCUUUCAUGGAAACGGUAUUCCCUGAUGGCUGUGGCACUGUGCCACAAAGCAAAAAUGGUUCAGGAAUGGUUUUAUGAGCACAACAACCAGUUUGAGGUAUUGACUUGGUCUUCAAAUUCCCCAGAUCUCAAUCUAGUCAAGCAUCUGUGGGAUGUGCUGGAUAAACAAGUCAGAUCCAUGGAGGCCCCACCCCACAUCUUUCAGGACUUGAAGGAUCUGCUGCAAACAUCUUGGUGCCAGAUACCACAGCACACCUACAGGGAUCUAGUGGAGUCCAUGCCUCGAUGGGUCAGGGCUGUUUUGGCAGCAAAAGGCGAACCAACACAAUAUUAGGCAUGUGGUCAUAAUUUUAUGGCUGAUCAGUGUAUACAGUAAUGUGUAUAUAUAUGAAUAUAUAAUUUGCAUUACAAAAAAUAUAAUUCACUUGUAAUGUAGGCCUUUCAUCUGAACAGAAUAUGGGUGAUAUUCAGAGAUGUUGUCUCCUGUAGCAGCGUGCAGUCUGGCACUGAUUAAAACCAUGUGAAAGUUCUAACUGCAAAAAAGCUUAAAAAAAAAAAUUCCUGUUGGAUUAAUAAACUUUAUGUUGCCAUAUACAGGGCCAUUGCUUAUUUAUAAUACCUUAAUGUUCAAGCAAGCAUUUCAGCGUAGUUAAUGGCCAAC